CUGGAAACAAAACGUGAGUCAGCGGUCCUGAAGUUCACUUUACAAAACAGAAGCGCUGUAAGAGCCACUGAAGUCUAGCUAAGAGUAAUGGAGCCCCGUCGCCAAGCCAAAGGGUCCAACCCGUCCCGAGACGCGAGGCGCGGACAGAAUGUCUCCGGUGCUCCCCAGAAGGACGCCUACGCCCGGUUGCUCAGCCAGCACCACAGCAGCAGGUUCCGCUCCUUCCGGGACCAGUUCGUCCAGCAGCAGCUGCAGCUCCAGGCGGAGGAGAACGGAUCCGAGGCCUGCCUGGAGCAGCUGGACUCAAACUGGAAGAAGAGGCACCAGGCGGAGUCGGGUAGCCCUGCCCCCUACGAACGCCCGGCAUCCCCUGCCAAGGCCAGGGAGACGGGGAGCUGCGUGGCUCUGUACCUGGAGAAGGUGGGCGAGCGCGGGGGCCCCGCUGAGUCCCCGUGGCCGAAGCUGGCGGCGGACGGGCGGCGGCAGCGGGGCGAGAGGCGGGACACCAACACCAGCCAGGACGGAGACGUGGAGUCUGCAGAGGAGGGGCUUCUCCGGCAGGGCCACUCCAAGCAGAACAAGAAGCAUCGCCAUGGUGAUGCUGGGGGCAAGGACUUGAGUCACGGGGCCUCGCCCCACAAAGGUAGCAGCCCGCCAUCCGGAAAGGAGCAGGAGAAGAAAAAGUCAAAGAAGAAAAACGCAGCAAAAAGCGGCGAGGGAGGCUGUGCUGAUGGUGGAGCAGCAAAGAGAACCCCUGUACCACAGACUCAAGAUGAAACCUUCGGCGCCUGUGUAACUCCCAAUGACACUAGUAAAAACAGGAAUAAAGCCAGGGGAGGGAAGAGGAAGCCUGUGUUCGAAGCUUACAUGACUGCUCAGGAUGUGUCUGCCGGCUUAAAGAGAGGAGAGCUCAUUCAGGGACCUUUAAGAAUUAACCCUAAAAAGUACCAGGAGGCCUUCAUUCCUGCUCCGGAUGGGAGUCGGGACAUAUUCCUGGAUGGGGUCGUGGCACGUAAUCGAGCUCUGAAUGGGGACGUGGUGGUGGUGAAAGUCCUCCCUCGGGAACAGUGGAAGGUGGUGAAGUCGGACACCAACGGGGAGUGCGCCAGUGAGCCGGAGACCCCGGUGGAGCGGACAGCAACGCGGGGACAGGAAACGGGACGGCCCCCCAGCCCGGACGUUAUAGUGGAGGCUCAGUACAGUGAGGCAGAGCUGGCUGCUAAGGUGGAGGGGAUGAAUCUGAGCCCUGCAGGUUCCUCAUGUCUAAACAAUGGUGAAAGCCCCGGUAAAGAAAAGGCAUGCCAGCCAGCAGAUCCACGCACCGUGCCUGAUAAGCAUCUUCAGAGGACUGCAAAGGUGGUGUACAUCGUGGAGCAGAAGCAUUCACGGGCCGCCACGGGCUUCAUCAAGUUCCUCCCCGACAAAAACUUCGCCAUGUUCGCUCCUGUCGACCACCGCGUGCCCAGGGUCAACGUGCCGCUGGCCGACUGCCCGGACGACUUCGUGUCCCGCCCGGGCGACUACGCCAACACCCUCUUCAUCUGCCGCAUCACCGCCUGGCACGACAACAGCACCUUCGCCGAGGGGCGACUGGCCAAGAGUCUUGGGCAGGCUGGAGAAAUUGAGCCAGAGACGGAGGGCAUUCUGACCGAGUAUGAUGUGGACUUCUCCGAGUUCUCAGAGGACGUGCUGAGCUGCCUGCCCCAGGAUCUGCCCUGGACCAUCCCACCGGAGGAGCUGCACAGGAGGAGAGACCUGAGGAAAGAAUGCAUAUUCACAAUUGACCCAGCCACUGCCAGAGACCUGGAUGAUGCCUUGUCCUGCAAACCUCUCCCAGAUGGGAACUUUGAAGUGGGAGUUCACAUCGCUGACGUCAGUUAUUUUGUGGAGGAGGGCAGAGCGCUGGAUGCGGUUGCCAGCAGAAGAGCCACCAGUGUUUACCUGGUUCAGAAGGUGAUCCCGAUGCUGCCCCGUCUCCUCUGUGAGGAGCUGUGCAGUUUGAACCCCAUGACCGACAGGUUGACCUUCUCCGUCAUCUGGAAAAUCACUCCACAGGGGAAGAUCCUGAGCGAGUGGUUCGGCCGCUCCGUGAUCUGCUCCUGCGUGAAGCUGAGCUACGACCACGCUCAGAGCAUGAUCGACGCGCCAGACAAGCUGUUCUCCGCCGAGGAGCUGCCCCCCUGCGCCCCCGAGCACCCCAUUGACGAGAUCCACCAGGCCGUCCUCAACCUGCACCGCAUCGCCCAGAACCUCCGGGCCCAGCGCUUCCAGGGGGGCGCGUUACGGCUGGACCAGCUGAAGCUGUCUUUCACCCUGGACAAGGAGACUGGGAUGCCCCAGGGCUGCUACAUCUAUCAGUACAGGGACAGCAACAAGCUGGUGGAGGAGUUCAUGCUCCUGGCCAACAUGGCCACCGCCCACCAGAUCUACCGCAGCUUCCCCCAGCAGGCCCUACUGCGACGACACCCACCGCCCCAAACCAAAAUGGUGGACGAGCUCCAGGAGUUCUGCCAGCAGAUGGGGCUAGACCUGGACUUCUCCUCUGCAGGAGCACUGCAUAGGAGUCUGAAUGAAACCUUGGGCACCGACGAAUACUCCAGCGCCAGGAAGGAGGUCCUCACCCACAUGUGCUCCCGGCCCAUGCAGAUGGCAGUUUACUUUUGCACUGGAGUUUUGAAGGAGGAGCCCCUGUUUCGCCACUACGCCCUAAACGUGCCCUUCUACACCCACUUCACAUCCCCUAUCCGACGCUACGCUGAUGUCAUCGUGCACCGCCUAUUGGCUGCUUCCCUAGGCUGCGGUCCCCAUUUGAGUCUGAUCGGGGAAGAGGUUCACAAGCAGGCCUCCCACUGCAACGACAAGAAGACAGCGUCCAAGCGUGUCCAGGAGAUGAGCGCCGAGCUGUUCUUUGCUGCUUUCGUCAAGGAGUCUGGGCCUCUGGAGUCUGAGGCCAUGGUGAUGGGCGUCCUGGAUCAGGCCUUCGACGUGCUGGUGCUGAGAUAUGGAGUGCAGAAACGCAUCUACUGCAAUGCUUUGCAGGGCCUAGAGAACUUCCAUUACCGCAAGGUGGGGAAGAAGCCGGAGAUGACCCUCAUUUGGCAAGCAGAAUGCCCAGAGCAGGGCACCAUACCGCAGGAGAUCUCCAUCUUCACUCUGGUGGAGGUGCAGCUGAAGGCAGACACAGCCCCAAUGAAGUACAGUGCCGUGCUGAAGCGCCCAUCCGAGACGUCAUGAGGCUUCAGUUCUCACCACCGUGGAUAAAGCUGCUUCUUCAGCGCGCACACACACACACACACACACACACACACACACACACACACAC